AGAAGUAAAAUCUGGCAACAGAGCAAGGCAAAUAAUUUCAUCAAAAACAGUGUCCAUUAAAUAAGGCUUAGAAAAAUCAUUAAAAUCUGAGUUAAUUAUCAUACAAAAUGCUUCGCAAUAUCACUAAAUUGAACAUCACUAAAUCCAUCAUCGGAUCAGCUAGAAGAAAUGUUUCAACAACAUCCAGAUUAUCAGAUAUUUUCAAAGUUCAAGACGAGCAAGAUUUUGAAAAGAGAGUUAUAAACUCAAAGAAUGUAGUUGUAGUUGAUUUUAUGGCAACGUGGUGUAAUCCAUGCAAGCUAUUAGGUCCAAGGAUCGAAACCGUCAUCAACGAGCAUCAAGGAAAAGUGUCAUUAGCAAAGGUCGAUAUUGAUGAAUUGACAGACUUAUCACUCGAGUAUGGCGUUCAGGCUGUUCCAGUACUAGCAAUUAUGAAAGAUGGAAAGAUUACGACUCAAAUUGUAGGAUUACAAGAUAUAGAUGUUUUAAGGAAAUGGGUCAAGAGUAAUAUCUAAAAGUUUAAUUAAAGUACAACACAUAUAGGAAGAUUUAUAAAAGUUUUGUCGUUGAUUUGUAAAUAAAUUAGGGAAAAAUUGUCUUAAUAAAAAUAAAAGCUACAGAAUGUUAAGAACUAGA